CAAUUCGAUUCCGAAGUGAGGAUUCCAAUUCAAAAAAAAAGAAAACCCUAAACGCGUCAAAUUUGAUCCAUCAAUCGCUACAAGAUGCCGGCCACCGCAGGGAGGGUUCGGAUGCCUGCGAACAACAGGGUGCACAGUAGCGCCGCCUUACAAACCCACGGGAUUUGGCAAAGUGCAAUCGGUUACGAUCCUUAUGCGCCCAAGGAUGAUUCCAAAAGUUCAUCUAAUCAUAAGGUCGCCAGUGCUGAACCCGAAGGCGAAAACCCCUACGCUAGCUUUCAAGGGCUUUUAGCACUUGCCCGAAUCACCAGGUCAGAUGCGGAUGCGACUCGUGGAGCCUGUAAAAAGUGUGGGCGUGUUGGGCACCUUACUUUUCAGUGUAAGAACUUCGUGAGUUUGAAGGAUGAGGAGAAAGACCCCGAAGCGAUUCAGGCUGCGGUUUUGAAUGGAUUGGAUAAGCUGAAAGGAAGGAAAGUGAAUGGGAAGGAGGAGGAGGAAGAGGAAGAUGAGAGUGAGAGUUCGGAUUCUGAUGUGGAUUCGGAAAUUGAGAGGAUUAUUGCUCAAAGAUACGGCCAGACGGUUAGCUGUAAAAGGAAAACGAACGAUGGCGAUGAUGGGUCGGAUUCAGAUUAUGGAGAGAGAAAGAAGAGAAGAAGGUCAAAGAAAAGGAUUGGUAGGAAGACCAGAAGCAGCUAUUCAGAUGACGAGAAUGAAAGUAGCAGGAAGAGGAGGAAGAGGGAGGAAUCUUCUGUUGAGGAUGAUGAGCAUCGUCGUCAUAGGAAGCGAAAGAGCAGCAAGCACAAGUCAAAGAUCUUCUGAUGAUUCUGAAUCAUCGGAUGUGUCAGAGUCAUAGUUCUGGAUUUUCUUAGGAUAACAUUUUUUUUGUCAAACUUCAGAUAGAUAGAUUUUUCUAAUGUAACAGAAAGCCCAUCCCUGCAUGUUCCGUGGAUGUUCCAUGGCUGCGCCUUUGCUUCCAAACAAUUAUCUGCAGGAUUCAUUGCCUCUUCGGUGUU